GCUCAUCACUCCAAAGAUCAAAUUGAAGAAGCGUUUAAGCUGUUUGACAGUGACGGAGAUGGAUUCCUGCUGGUCAGUGAAGCCACUUCAGCCAUCAGAUCUCUGGGCCAUAUCCUUACAGAUGCAGAUAUGAAAGGUUUGCUAAACAGAGCAGGCGUGGACACUGGUCGUGGUGGGCGUGUUGACUUGGCCAAGUUCAAACAGAUGCAUGGAUCACUGAAGCCUCAGAACUACAACCUACAGCUGGAGGAAGCUUUCAAAACUGUCGACAAAGAUGGCUGUGGCUUUGUCAUUGCCACGGAGUUGAAGCACCUGUUGACGAACAUGGGAGACCGACUGUCUCAGGAAGACUUCAACAUUUUGUUGGAGGAGUUGGAUAUUGAUAGCGAUGGAAGAGUCCAGUUUAAAGAAUUCAUAAGGUUGUUGAAUGCCAGCAGAUGA